AUGUCUGCAUCACUCGCACAUGAUCAACUUCCCAACGUUGCCGCGGCAUCCGGUCGCCCCCUUCUUCCGAAGGGAAGGCCCGAGAAUCCCGAUGCAGUCGGUUACGUCCAAGUCACCGACGAAAUCCACCAAGUAGAAAGUCCACAGGUCGGCGUCGCCAAGACUAAAGCAGCCACCGAAACCCCGCCAGUCGAGGCCGACGGUAACGCAGUAGCCGGGGCUCCGCAAGUCGCUGCCGGUGAUCCCAAUAAUGACCCGCAAGUCGGUGCCGGCAAUGACAACCGGACAGGCUCCGGAGGCGGGAAGCCGCUUUUGCCCCGUGAGGUGAUCGAGAUCUUUAUCCACGACCUCAAAACUCAUCCCUUUGCCAAUGAGGAGGAUGUACGGAAGAUCAAGGCCCUCCCGGCCGACUUCCUGGCCAGCAAGCUUAAUAAAUUCAAGACCGAUUUGUCCACCGGCUUCUUGAAGCAUAUGCCCGGCCGCGGCGCGCUUGGUGAAGAAAUUUGCCCUGUACAUAGCAGGGUCAAGUCGUGCGUGUUGUUCGACUUAAUCAAAUGCGUCCGCGAUGAGGCCUGGAAGGACAGUAGGGGCUUCUUCGACGCCCGCUUGGAGAACAAGUUCGUUAAGCUCUUGAUUAAUGUCAACUUGGUCUGGGAUGAGAAGUUUUUUAAAGGAAAGAUCGUCGUCCCUCCAAACGAUUCGCUCGUCUUGUUUAAUCCGUACGCGGAACAUAAGUUGUUCCAGCUUAAGGACUGCGCUGGGUGCUUCUUGCGCCGCAUUUUGAGCGAUCCGAGGUGUGUCUUCGCAUUGCUCGCGGCCGUCGAGUUCAGGAUUCGUUUCGACCGUAUCCCUGAGAAGAAUGCUCCGCAUCUCUAUAGGUACAUGGAGACUGCCUGGCAGAUCUUGGCUACCGAGUACCCCGACUUGUGGGAGACUGUUGGCAAUCCUGAUACUGUACGCAGGCGUGUCAGCACUGAUGUGAGGGCGUUGGUUGUGCUUGCGAGGGAAUAUGAGAGGUCUGACUAG